GUGCCAUUAUUAAUUUACUUUUGACACCGAGUGCAAUUUACCAGACGAGAUAAAAAAAAUUCAUUGCUAUCCUAUUUACACACCUGUGGAUUCAUCUAAAUCGUCUCAAUUUACUUGAAAAAAUUCACUAAUUCUCUCGAAAAAAUGGCUACUUCUCGUGCUACCAAGUCUGGAUUUGCUGCCGAAGCCCAAGCCAAGAUCAUGAGCAAGUAUAAUGAACAACAUGCCCACGAAGUUUUGGAGUGGAUCGCCGAAAUAAUUAACAAGCCAUUGAACACGAAUGGAGAAAUGGACAAUUUCUACGAUGUUUUGAAGGAUGGUACCAUUCUUUGCGAACUUGUCAACGAAAUCAAGGCUGGUUCCGUGAAGAAGAUCAACACUAGCACGAUGGCUUUUAAGUGCAUGGAGAACAUUAACAACUUUCUCGCGUCCGCGACCACGCUCGGAGUUCCGUCCCAAGAACAAUUCCAAACGGUUGACUUGUGGGAAAGACAGAACCUCAAUUCUGUCGUUAUCUGUCUUCAAUCUCUUGGACGGAAAGCAUCCAACUUUGGCAAGCCUGGAAUUGGACCCAAAGAAUCGACGAAAAAUGUCCGCAAUUUUUCAGAAGAACAACUGAAGGCUUCCGACUCUGUCAUCUCUCUCCAGUACGGAUCCAACAAAGGAGCCAAUCAGUCUGGGAUCAAUUUUGGAAAUACGAGACACAUGUAAAACGAGGUGCUCCAACUUUUACAUCGAAAAUAUGUGACCAUGACCAUUCUUUCCUAAAUUCAGUUUUGUACCAAUUUACAGUAAAGUAAAAAUUGCAUAAUGCGUCAAUUGAAAAUUACUAUUACAGUAAUAAUAUUAUUUUGUUAACAAAAUUGUACAUGUAUUUCGGAAGGUUUAACAACUAACAAAAUUUAAGUACCAAGCUAAUUCUUACUUCUAUACAUAAAUUCUGUUGUGGUGUUGUUAACUGCAUUUGGUAUUUCAGAACAAUUAUCGAAAUCAAUAAAAUAAAUUAUUUAUACUCUUGA